AUGUCAUUCAGCACAGAUGGGGAGCCGCCUCCUAGAAAAGAUGCAGUUGCUCCAGAAGGUGCUUCACCAAUGGGCAGCGACGAACGCGUCAGCAAAUUCUCUGAGGAUCUAGGUUCACCAACCAUUCCAGUCAGCGUCAGCCAUACAGCCUCUGCCUCACCGCAGAUUUUUUACUUGCAUUUACGUCUUUUGACUCGAGCCUCCACCUACUUCGAGAAGGCCUUGGAAAGCAACCGGUUCGCCGAAGGCCAAGAACAGAAAGUGGACCUAAAGGAAGUUGACCCUGACGUUUUUGGCUUUUUCGUUGAGUGGCUGUAUCGAGACCGUUGGGAGCAUCAGGCCGAACCGUCCGCAUUGCACGAGACUGCUAUCCCGCUUUUCACACGUGUCUACGCUCUUGGUCAGAGACUUUUGUGUCCCCUCAUGGAAGAAGCUGCAGCGAGAAUUGUCUAUGAGAGCUGCGACGCAUUGGGAAACAAUAUUUCGGAUACAGUGGUAUGUGACCUGCUGGAGCUUUCGGAAAGCGAGUUGCCGUCCGAGGAUACCCUCGGUGAUCGGAUCCUGUGGUUGGCUGUGGAGAGACUUGAAAAGCUACAGAAGUUUGACAGAUUCAACUCCCUUGUACUUGAACGCAGCAACCUCGCGAUAGGUCUUUGCAGGCGCGCGGGCCCAAGAAAAUGGAAUAGAGAGAAGAAAGUGAGCUGCAGAUUCAAGAGAGAAAGUGUCUACUGA